AGGAGGAGAAGCCUCAUGAAUGCAAUGAGUGUGGUAAAACCUUUCCAUAAAAGGUCAGCCCUCACUGCACACCAGAGAACUCCCACAGGAGAGAAGCCCUAUGAAUGUCAGGAAUAUGGGAAAUCCUUCAGCCAUAGGCCAGCCCUAACUGUACAUUGCAGAACUCACACAAGAGAGAAACCUUAUAAAUGUAAUUUGUGUGGAAAAUCCUUCUGUGUGAAGCCAAACCUCACUGUACACCUUAGAACUCACACAGGGGAAAGACCCUACAAAUGUAGUGAAUGUGGGAAGACUUUCUACCAGAAGUCAAAGCUCACUGUGAUUCAGAGAACUCACACGGGGGAGAAGCCUUAUGAAUGUAGUGAAUGUGGGAAGACCUUCUGUGAGAAGUCAUCCCUCACUGUGCAUCAGAGAACUCACACAGGGGAGAAGCCCUAUGAAUGCAGUGACUGUGGGAAAACCUUCUGCCAGAAGUCACAUCUCAGCAAACAUCAGAGAACUCCCAUAGGGGAGAAACCCUAUGUUACAGAGACUGGCUAUGUGCUCACCAAUGUCCACUUUCUUUUUCUCGUGGGCACACAGUUAGCCUACAUUUCUCAUCUACAUUUGUUAGAAAACGCCUGA